AUGUCGUCCGCGUCCACUCCCCAGCGCAAGCCUAUCGCAGACCUCCUGCUCGUGUCACCAAUAUCCGCCGGUCAGCUGAGCGUCUCUCCCAGAAAGCGCAAAAUCACGCCCACAGCGGAAGCAACAUCACCAAAGAAACUCGCAGUCAUCACUAGCCUUGGAGCCGUGAGUCCCUUCGCCAAUAGUAUCCCUCGUACAAUACUACCGAAUCCCCUGAGAUGGCCAGGUCACGCCGAACUGGCUCAUAUCGAUGAGCGGUCGUCUCUCUACGAAUUCACUCGGAACCCGCUCAAAAUGGACACAUCAGGACAAGAAUUCACCCCAAACCCGCUCAAAAUGAACACGUCAGGACAAGAAUUCACCCCGAACCCGCUCAAGAUGGACACGCCAGAACAAGAUUUACAACAGUCACCACCACUGGCACGCCACCUCAUCUUCUCCUUUGACCUUCGAAAUGAUAAGAGUGGCUGGGCGGAUCCCAAAAAAAUGCCUCUCCUACGUAGCGUCGUCCCUGGAACGACUGGUAUCAGUUGCGACGGGUGGUUUAUAUAUCUUCUAGUACGCACGCUCCCUCCGAAGCCUUGGCCACUUACGAUUGCCGGAUUACCACUCUAUUUCCAUACGCCUACUACUCUUGGUCAAGGUCCUCUACCACAAGGAAAACUUGUUACUCGAAAGAACGGUUAUCUCGCCGAAGAUCAGGAUUACCGAAAUAUGAAGAACUGGGAGCCCCUUUUCAAAGUUAUUCAGAAACACUUUGAAGAAAAUAUCAAUAUCUCGAUAACAGAAGUUAUUUACCUAGGCAACGUGGUAUAUAUCGUCUUGGAGCACCGUCAGACUGACAUGACCAAAGUGCCGUGGUUGAUCGGCAAAGCUACGUGUGUCUACCUAUACGACGAUGAGAUGGGAAGACCGUCGAAGCUACAUGCUCGCCGCCAGCAUGACCUUACGCAAGGGAACCCAGAUAUUAGUAUGUACGACACUCUGCAGCCAGGAUUGCGUGUGACUUCAAACUACCUUCCAGACAGUUCCGACGCGUAUCUCGAGACAACAACUGGCGUUCUUUUAAAGGACAGUGUUGGUAACGAAUUCAUGACUGUCGCCGCACAUGGAUUCCCUAGCGAAGCUGGGACGACGGUCUUUCAUGUAUCACCAGGCGAAACCGGCCGUGUGAUUGGCGAACUUAUUAUGGAAAUUACACACACAGACAUUGCCCUCGUCAAGUUGGCAGCGACGGAGAAGUUUUCCAACGUCACGUUCCAGAAUGACCAAAUGCCUGAGUCUACCCAGCUUAGGAGAUUAUGUCCAACGGAACAUUAUGGCCAACUCAGUCCUAUCUGCCUAGAUUCACCCGAUUCAGGCUUUCUCGAUGGUUACUUCAUGGCUCCGGCAUUCGCAAAAAUGUCCGCCGAUGAUGGCUCGCCAACCCAGCACUGGGCGUAUACAACCUGGAGCUAUAUGGGUGAAGACGCGGCAGCCAAAUUGCCUGAAGGAAUGUGCGGUAGUGCCAUGUGGGACGCGAACGGUAAUGUGUUAGGCUUUUUCAGAUACGCUGCGGUCGAAGGAGCGAUGAAGAACUGGCGCGCCGGAAUUGCUGCGGAUGAGCUCAUCAACCGAGGGUAUACCCUCGCCGACACGCCCGAUGUCAAAUAG